AUGGAAAGGCAUACAGUGGCGGGCGUAUCCGCCACGGUAAAUUCAGAAAGAUCUGAUGUUGAUGCGAUGACUGAACAGCAGAGGAUACAGCAACAGUUGCACGUAUUUCAAAGUUCUUUACCCAAAGUUAACGAACUGGCAUACCAAUUGCUAUUCAAUGAAAUUAUACCGCUCUCAAUGGCAGUGGAGAAAAAGCUGCUAAAUAAAACUAAUUUGCAAGAUGACCAGAAAGUUGCGAAGCAAGAUGACGAUAAGGCUACAAAAGAUUUUGAGAAACUGCAUAUAAACGCGUCAUUAGAUGCGCCUUCACACAAGAUGUGCCAGGAAAUAAGUGAAAGCGAUCAGACUAAGCAAGAGAGGGUAUUUGAGAGAGUGAGAAAUAUUGGAUUUCAAAUUGGAAACAAGAUAACAGAACUGCUAGUAUUCAGUAAUAAUCCGAAUCUCCGCUUUAAGGAUAUGGACUUAUUGGCUAUUAUGAAAUUCAUUUGCCGAGAUGUAUGGAAACAAUUGUUUGGCAAACAAAUAGAUAAUCUGAAGACUAAUCACAGAGGAACAUUUUACCUGUUUGAUUACGACUAUCGUCCCAUACAGUCAUUCUCUUUGGAGAGCGGAUCCGCUGAAAAGGAACUUGCCUUAGUUAAACCAUUUUUGGAGCUACCCAUUGGAAUUAUAAUGGGUGUUUUAUCGUCAUUAGGUUACUCAGGUGAAGAAGUGCAAUGCAUGGCGACGUUUGUGAAUAGGCCAGACGAUCGUCCUAAAUCGACAUUCCAUAAAGGUAUAAGUUUUCACGUCCAAGUUAAUAGUCAGUAA